AUGUUGGAUUUAAGAUAUGGUAAAAAACUUAUUGGAAAAGAGGAAUAUAAAAAAUUAAUGAAAGCACAAGGUAAACUGAUUUCUAAAUUAGUACCAAAGGCAGAAGUUGUACUAGCUACUUCGGUGACUGCAGGUGGAUACCAGGUAAAAGAGCUCGAGGAAAUCCCAGUUGUUAUUAUGGAUGAAAGUACGCAAUCUACUGAAGCUUGUUCAUUGAUUCCAUUAAGUGCUUACGAAGCACAGAAAUUUGUUUUCGUUGGUGAUGAGAAACAAUUAAGUUCAUUUAGUGAAAUUCCAUAUUUGGAACAAUCAUUAUUUGAAAGGAUUCUGAAAAAUGGUACUUAUAAAAAUCCACAUAUGUUAAAUGUUCAAUAUAGAAUGCAUCCAAUGAUUUCCCAGUUCCCUAUUAAGAGGUUUUAUAAAGGUCUAUUAACCGAUGGUGUUACUGAAGAGGAAAGAACUUUUGAAAAUACAAAGCCUUUGACUUUUAUUGAUUAUGGUAAAGUUCAUCAGGAAUCCAAAGUUAUGAACUCUUCCAAAAGUGAUGUUAAUCGUGGGUAUACAUUUCAGAAUAAAGGUGAAGCCCAAAUGAUUUUAAGAACUUUAAAAGAUUUGGUUAUUAUGAAGGAUGUAUCAAGACGAAACAUUGGUAUAGUUACCCCAUACUCUGCACAAAGGAAUCUAGUUGCUGAAAUGGUUCAAAGAGAUCAUUUAAUCAAUCCUAAAAAUGAACGAAUUCAAGAAGAAAUUGAUGAUGACUUCUCUAUCUCAAGUAAUAAGAGGCCUGCUAGUAUUAAGACAAUUUGUGGUAUCAUGGUUAGUUCAAUUGAUGCAUUUCAAGGACGUGAAAAGGAUUUCAUUAUAUUUUCUUGUGUCAGGUCAAAUCCUCAGAAUAAUAUUGGGUUUGUGAAAGAUGCUAGAAGAUUAAAUGUUGCUUUAACAAGAGCUAAAUAUGGUUUAAUUCUUGUUGGUAAUAAGUCUUGCAUGCAAAAUGGUGAUACAUUAUGGAAAGAUUUAAUUCAUCAUUUUGAAUCUAAGAAUUGUGUUGCUACUCCAAAUUCGCUAGGAUUUUGA